GCAAAGUCUGUAGGUGAGACAGAAGUGUAGUGUUUUGUUUUUGGUUUUUUUUACUUGCACGUCCUGCACAGUCGCACACAGCUGACAUCCGUCCACACACACAACUUUCUGCCGAGUCAUCGGACAGACGCACACCGUGGACCGUGCACCUUCUCCUCGGGUCUGCUCAGCAUCUUCCCCACGGACAGGACCGACAUGUCAUCCACGGUGAGACGUGACCGGAGAGCGUCUGGUGAGUCUCAGAUGUCGGAAAGGAUCCACGUUAGUAUUAAAAGUGUGACGGGGAGCCGAGAUGUGAUGGUUAGAGGAGACUGCACCGCCGGACAGUUGAAACAGAGUCUUGCAGAGCGCAUGGGUGACCCUGCACAGAGGCUGGUGCUGAUUCACUCAGGCCGGGUCCUCAGAGAUCCAGAGCUCCUGGGUUCACUUAGAGCCAAGGACGGAUCAGUCCACCUGAGCAUGGUCCAGAGCUCUGGUCAUGAUGUCCCAGUGACUGAUAAAGCUUCAGAAAAGGCUCGGUCUCAGCUUCCAGCCCUUCUUGACCCUAACUCAGAAAACCUACCCCCACCACCCACCUCUCCCCUCUUCCUGGUGGAGGGUCUGGACGGCCUCGGCCUAACAAACAGUGGACCUGGCUUCUUCCCUACACUGCAGCACCAGAUGGAGAAACAGCUGCUGGCUGACCCAGGGAUGAUGCGCCGUAUCCUGGGCAGCCCCUUAGUACAGAGCACCCUGUCUGCCUCCAGCCCACAGCUCACCAGGCAGCUCAUACUUUCUAAUCCUCAAACUCAGCAGCUGCUCCAGACAAACCCAGAGGUGGGGGAUAUACUCAACAACACAGACAUCAUUACACAGGUGCUAGAGCUGAUCAGGAACCCUGACAUGAUAGAGGAAGUUCUGGAUAGUGAAGACACUGAGUUAGACAAUUUACGGCCCAUGAAGAACAAGCCUGAGUCCAUCAGCAGGGAUUCUAAUUGUCCUCACACACAAGAAAAUAGUCAAAUGGGGAUGUCACAGCUCACAUCAUCUGGGAAUCAAGAGCCAUUUGCAAAACAGCCAACUGGGACCCUCCCCAGUCAGUCCACAGACCCCCUCAGAGAACUAACUGCCUCACCCAUGGUUGAUAAAAACCCUCAGGGCACUAUUUCUGCAGGCAUGCAGUCCCUGCUGGAGCAGAUCACAGCCAGUCCAGGUCUGAUGGAGAGCCUUCUGUCUGGGCCAUAUGUCAGCAGUCUCCUUAAUUGCCUCAGCCAGAAUCCUGAGCUGGCUGCACAGAUGCUGCUGAGUCAUCCCUUGUUCUCAGGAAAUCCUCAGCUGCAGCAGCAGAUGCGACAGCAGCUCCCUCUCUUCCUUCAACAGAUGCAGAGUCCGGAGCUGCUCUCAGCCAUGUUCAACCCUAAAGCCAUGGAGGCUCUGCUGCAGAUCCAACAGGGUCUUCAGACGCUGGCUGCCGAGGCUCCGGCCCUCAUUCCCGCAGCCGAACUUGGAAACAUUGGAGCAAAUGUAAAUGCUGCAUCUGAUACUGUAUUUAACAACCAAUCACAAAGUGGUCCUCAGGUUGCUACGGUGACAGAGCAGCAGCAACAUUUUGUACAACAGAUGCUACAAGCAUUGGCCAAUCAUGAGAUCGAUCCGGAGGAGACUGACUUCCAGGAAGAGUCGGAGCAGCUGAGCUCCAUGGGUUUUGGAAACAGAUAGAUGAGCCAUCAGCCACUCAUCAGCACUGGAGGAGACAUUAACACUGCGAUAAAAUCUAUCAGCUCGUUCUGUCAAACAAUCGUUAAUAUUUGCACACAUAACUCUAUGCACAAGUACUGGCAUUGACAUAUUAGCACCUGCAAUACAACACUCAUACACACUGAAACUACUGGUUCAUUUCAUUUCUUAUCUAUUUGCUGUAGUUAAUCAUUUUCACUUCUCAUAAAAUGUUGAUAUGGAAGUAGAAACAGAGAGUCACUAACACGCACAGGUCCAAACAGAUACUUAAAUCCUCUCACACAUUACAUUACAGCAUACAUACCUACUCAGAGGCAAGUCAUGUAUUAUGUAUAUGUGUGCAGUCACACUAAAAGCUCAGGCUUCUUUUCACAUGAUGAGAAUCUACAGAAGGCUUUUAACACCCAGACACAGUCAGAUGUCCUGGAAGAGCGCAGAGAAUUCACACUCUCAAUGUCAGCCAACACACUUAAGUGUAAUCACAGUCUGUUGUGUAGCGUUCCCACUCUCUCCUGCUGCUUUUGUGUCCGGUCCACAACAGACUGUCAGGAUGAACUAAGAACUAACAAAGAUGUUUUAACAGAGGAGGUGAAUUUGUCUUUACAACUAUCCCUCCAUUAGAGACAAAGCCAUAAAGCUCAACAUAAACUAUUAUUGUUUUUGCGAUAGGAUCAACAUAACUGGUUUUAAAGGGUAGAUUAAACAAGAUCAAGACUGUCACAUUGAAUCAUGUAACCUGUAACAUGUAAAUAAAAACAGAAAUAAACUGUU